AUGACCGAGGUGAAGAGUCGGAAGAAGGCGGCGCCCAAGGCGGCGGCCGUGGAGCCCGCGAUGCGGAGCGAGGAGGGGAAGAGACCCGAGGCCCGGGGCGGUGGAGGCAGGGGCUGGGCGGACCCCCGCACGGGCCUGAGCCUGCUGUCGCUGGGGACAUGCCUGGGCCUGGCCUGGUUUGUGUUUCAGCAAUCAGAAAAGUUUGCAAGAGUGGAAAACCAGUACCAACUACUGAGACUAGAAGCCAAUGAUUUCCAAGGACUUCAAAGGAAAAUCAGUUUAAUUUCAGAAAAGCUUGAGUCUACUGAGAGUAUCCUGCAGGAAGCUACGUCAUCCAUGUCUUUGGUGACCCAGUUUGAGCAGGAAGUGUCUGGCCUCCAAAACAUCAUGCAAGACAUUCAAAGCAGUGAGGCCAUGCUCACGCAAAAGAUACAAAGCCUGAAUGAGAAGCUCCAGAACGCUACAGAGUUCUGGAAAAGAAGUGUAGAAGAAAUGAACGUCAAUACAGACACUUUCAAAUCAGAGGCAAAGCAUAUACACUCUCGAGUUACUGUGCAAAUUAACUCAGCUGAACAAGGAAUAAAACUGCUCACUGAAAGACUGAAAGAAUUGGAGGAGAGCACCCAAAGAAAUAUCAGAACAGUGAAAAGGCAGGAAGAAGAGGAUCUCCUCCGAGUCGAGGAACAGCUCGGCUCCGAGACAAAAGCAGUUGAAAAAUUGGAGGAAGAGCAGCAGGCCCUCUUUGCCAGGGAUGAAGAUUUGACUAGUAAACUUUCCAGUUAUGAACCCAAGGUCAAGGAAUGUAAGACGCAUUUACCAACAAUUGAAAAUGCCGUUCAUUCUGUUCUCAGAGUCUCUCAGGAUCUGAUAGGAACAGAAAAGAAAAUGGAGGACUUGACUCUGCAGAUGUUCAAUAUGGAAGAUGACAUGUUGAAAGCAGUGUCAGAAAUUAUGGAGAUGCAGAAAACCCUUGACGGAAUCCAGUAUGAUAAUAGCAUAUUAAAGAUGCAAAAUGAAUUAGACGUUCUAAAGGGAAAAGUGCAUGAUUUUGUUGCGUUUUCAAAUAUAAAAGAAAAGGGAACUUUAGAAGAAUAUAAUCCAGAAAAUAAAAACAUUAAUAGUGAUUUUUAA